GUUGGUGAAAGAGGAGCGCAGAUUUUUUUUAUUCUCUGGCAUUCAGAGCUGAGUCGACCGGAGGGGAAAACUACCAUCAAGCAAUUUGUAAAAGCCAGACCGGUGGCGUCAUUGUCUCCUCUAUAGUACGCGCAACACCACGACUCUCCUGCUGCAUUUAUUCACAGCUAAUUCUCAAGUUGCUCUGUGGCUUCCUGCACACUGAAGUCAAAGUAAACCUCUUCGUCCAAGACUGGUGAUCAUAACACAAUGCGUGUUUGGUCGGUUUAUGUUACUCUGGCACAUGGAUUAGGAGGUUUUGCGCAAGAAGCGUCACAGACAAAUAGAGCGUUUUCUACUCGUCGUUGGACUGAUGGUGUUGUAAAAGAGAAGGUAUCGUACCGCGCGGUCCCCCCACAAUACUUCUGUAGUACAGUGUCUCCAAUUUUACACUGGGGAGAAUUCCUCUCCUCCUUCCUUACAGAUGUUGCCGGAGAGCAUUUUCUACCCGCAACUUAGUGCGCAGCUCAGAUGUUGCCAAAGGGAUACGCGCUCUGGCGUACUUUAGCGGGCAGACCACGUCCAGAUAAUCUCCGUUUACAUUGGCCUAUACUCUUCAAGAUACCCAAGAGUUCCCGUUGUGUCGGCUGUGCGUCACCCAUGCCUGAUUAGACAUGUAGUCUGACGUCGCCGAGCACAAUUCAAGCAAAACACCCCAUGCAACGUUGGAAAUCUAAAUUGGAUAUUUAAAAAAAUAUAUAUACGGAGUGACGAAAACCACCACUUUAAGACGCGGAUCAACAAGUUGCCUCCAGUGCGUAACUUCCAUCAAACAUAAUCCGCGACGCACGUGAUCGACAAAUCACUCCCUCUGCAAAUAUUUCUCAUUUGUCAAGAGAAAUAAGCUCCAGGCUGUCCGCGGAGACACAUCUCGUCCGAUUAUACGGCGGGAAUCAGGAGCUGACCGGCUCCAUGCCUCGCUGCGUCUCCAGAUGCCCGGCUGGCCACCACAUGGUAACUUUGCGCACACAGCACGCUGGGAAGAGGACAUACAGAGAAGGGAUCUGAAUGAAUGAGACUGAGAUUUAUUCGCAUUUCUCUUCUCGCCUCCCUCAGACUGUUGUAUGUGUUGUAUACCCUGCCGGUUGAAGGUGUCUCACGUUAUCAGCAGAUAUCGAUUCGGCGGUGGAUAGAUCCAUCUCUCGAAUAGGGAGCAGCAAAUGUCGAAGAAACGGAAAAGUCCUGACGACCAGGACUUUGAGGAAUCUCCGCCUGCAGAGUGCAGCGACCAAGGCUUGACAGAUGAGAAAGUGAAGGCCUACCUCUCGCUGCACCCGCAGAUGCUGGACGACUUUGUGUUGGAGAGUGUGAGCGCAGAGACGUUGGACAGAUGGCUGAAGAGGAAGACCAGCAGCAGGCCUGCAGAUGACACAUCAGCUAAAGAAGUCAGCAGGCAGUACCAGGACACAAAUAUGCAGGGUGUGGUGUACGAACUCAACAGCUACAUGGAGCAGCGCCUGGACACUGGAGGAGACAACAAACUCCUGCUCUAUGAGUUGUGCAACAUCAUCAAGACAGCAACAAAAGCUGAUGGAUUUGCACUUUACUUUUUGGGAGAAUGCAACAAUAGUUUAUGUUUGUUCACUCCAACGGGGGCCAAGGAUGGCCCUCCAAGCCUCAUCCCCUCCGGCCCCAUCGCAUUUGGGACAACCAUUGCCGCUCAUGUUGCCAAGACUCACAAAACACUGCUAGUAGAGGACAUCAUGGGGGAUGAGCGCUUCCCCGACGGCACAGGGCAGGACUCAGGGAUCCAUGUUCACUCUGUCCUGUGCCUCCCCAUCGUCACUGCCAUUGGGGACCUCAUUGCCAUCCUGGAGCUGCAUCGGCAGUGGGGCAAGGAGCCCUUCAACCUCAGCCACCAGGAGGUUGCAACAGCUAAUUUAGCGUGGGCAUCAGUUGCCAUUCAUCAAGUACAGGUGUGCAGAGGCCUCGCCAAACAGACUGAGCUCAAUGACUUCCUACUAGAUGUGUCAAAAACAUACUUUGAUAACAUUGUGGCAAUAGAUUCUCUACUUGAACAUAUUAUGAUAUAUGCAAAAAACCUAGUGAAUGCGGACAGGUGCGCACUCUUCCAGGUAGAUCACAACAACAAAGAACUGUACUCUGACCUGUUCGAUAUUGGGGAAGAGAAAGAAGGCAAACCUGUCUUUAGGAAAACCAAAGAAAUUAGGUUUUCUAUAGACAAGGGAAUAGCUGGCCAAGUGGCUCAGACAGGGGAAGUCUUAAAUAUCCCAGAUGCCUAUGCAGACCCCCGGUUCAACCGAGAGGUGGACCUCAAAACCGGCUACACCACGCGGAACAUCCUGUGCAUGCCCAUCGUGAGCAGGGGGACCGUUAUAGGUGUGGUGCAGAUGGUGAACAAGCUAAGCGGAAGUGCCUUCACUAAAACAGAUGAGAACAACUUUAAGAUGUUUGCUGUCUUUUGUGCUCUGGCCUUACACUGUGCAAAUAUGUACCACAGGAUCCGGCACUCUGAAUGCAUUUACAGAGUGACGAUGGAAAAACUGUCUUAUCACAGCAUCUGCACAUCAGAGGAAUGGAAGACCCUUAGCCAGCUCAAUCUCCCUGCACCCAUUUAUAAAGAGAUCGAAAUGUUCCACUUUGACAUCAGUCCCUUUGAGGAGAUCUGGCCCGCUGUCUUUAUCUACAUGGUUCAUAGCUCCUGUGGUAAGACCAGCUUUGAGCUGGAGAAGCUGUGUCGGUUCACCAUGUCUGUACGGAAGAACUACCGACGUGUGCCCUACCACAACUGGAAGCACGCGGUAACGGUGGCACACUGUAUGUACGCCAUCCUACAGAAAACCCCCGGGAUGUUCACAGAGUUAGAGAAGAAGGGUCUGUUGAUAGCCUGCCUGUGCCAUGACUUGGACCAUCGGGGGUUCAGCAACGCAUACCUACAGAAGUUUGACCAUCCACUGGCUGCUCUGUACUCCACCUCCACCAUGGAGCAACACCACUUCUCUCAGACUGUCUCCAUCCUACAGCUGGAAGGGCACAAUAUUUUCUCCAACCUGAAUUCCAGCGAGUACGAGCAGGUGCUGGAGAUCAUCCGGAAGGCCAUCAUCGCCACGGACCUCGCCCUGUACUUCAACAACCACCAGCAGCUGUCCGAGCUACUGACCGCGAGCGCGCUAGACUUGAACAACCACAGUCACAGGGACCGUGUGAUUGGUCUGAUGAUGACAGCAUGUGACCUGUGUUCUGUUACCAAGCAAUGGCAAAUCACACGGCUCACAGCCAACGACAUCUAUGCUGAGUUCUGGGCUGAGGGUGAUGAGAUGAAGAAAAUUGGGUUGCAGCCGAUCCCUAUGAUGGACAGAGACAAGAAGGAUGAGGUUCCCCAAGGCCAAGUGGGAUUUUACAAUGCUGUUGCAGUUCCAUGUUACACGACACUAGCGGAGCUUUUCCCUCCAUCCAGUCCUCUUCUAAAAGCCUGCAAGGAGAACCUGGGCCAGUGGGAGAAGAUAUCACGGGGAGAGAUGCAGGACAUAUUGCCCAGCCGGCCUUCAGAUUCAGGUCCUGUCAAGGUGGACAACUGACUACCAAAGGGGUUGCUGGCCCACCAAAGGAAUACAACUCGAACCCUGCCACUGACCUGGAGCUCUGUAGGGGGAAGAACCCACAUCCUGUGUUAGCAGGAGACGGAUCAGCUAAAGGCGACUUGACUUUGAAAACACACAGUUACCUCAUUGGGUGACGGAGGUGUCAACACUGACGGUUUCACCGAUCCCAGAGACUGACAGACAGGCGAUGGGGAGGGACUUCCACCCAUCACUCUACAUCCACUCAGCUUGGGAGCUCAUUUGGUAGAAUGGACUGAAUGGAAUAGAAAGGCCGUUGUGGUUGUUUCAUUUCGACUGUUUUAUGUUAUGAUUUUUUUUUUUUUUUUUUUAUAUGAGCUGAUUCUUUUAUGGUCUUGUAUUUGCAGAGGCCUUACUCUGAACCUUUCACAGGCGAGACAUAUGUGAAAUCUUGUUGGUUCAGGCUUUUUGUUUUUUUGUUUGUUUUGAAAUGGUACUGUUUGCCUUCUGUGGUAGGUUUAUCGUACGCGCACUACUUCAGCAAGGUAUUUCCAGAGACAGAAGGAAUGUGUAGAGCAGAUAUAUGGUUUAAUGCCACCUCGCUGAGAAGGUGAAUGUUUUUUUAUUACUCUUUGAGCAAAAAUCCUUUGCAGUACUUGAAUAAAGACAUACAGCCUAUUCUACGUGGAGAAAUCCCCCCCGCAGCAUAUUCUACAAAAUGUGGAUGAACUGUUUGACAAGAGGAGUUAGAUAACGUCGACACUUGUGAACACAGUCACAAGAGAGUCACAAUGUCUCUCCCUGAAGUGGACCCCACAGCACUGCCCCCCCACACAUCCUCAUCCCCACCCCCACCCCCCACCCCGGCCCCUCCCGGCAUCUAGGAACCUACAUAGUACAUCUACUUUCUUCUUAUUAACAGGAUCUGACCCCAGGCCAGCAGUAAUAAAGUUUGUAGGACAGAGUUCACAAGAUGAUGCACAAAUAGCAUCAGUUAUAAUAAGCCCAGACUGCAUACUAUUGAAUUUCCUCUGUCAUAACAUUUUUCACGCCACUAUCGCAUCAUGAAUUAUUUUACACAACAAUCUGGUUUCUCCUCAUUAAUCAGUAAUCAUUCCUGCAACCAUGAAUAAAACACAAGUAAAAUGAGGAUACUGCUCAAGUUGGUUGAGUGUCCCAGCAGAUUCUAAAGAUUUCUUUGUUUGCAGUGACACAACAAACUUUUUACAUGUUGACUACAUUAUGUAAGGUCUAGACAGCACCCUGAUUUUUAACACGUGGUUGAGAUGUGAUGAAUUAAUUAAGCUGUACACUAUACAGUCUCUUGUUGACAUAGAGUGCUGCAAGGAUGACAUUUUCUUGUAGGCUGACGCAGAAGUUAGAGUUGCCAAGGUUCCCUUGUCUAAAAGCCAGUUUUUCCACAGAGUUCUGGAUUAUUGCAUAAAAUAAGUUUUGUGGCAAAUAGAAGUUUAUGAGGCUUACACAUUUUAUUCAGCAAGAUAAUCUCCACAAAUUAAUACCACUUUCAUGAUUUUUGAGGCGUAAAUGCAAUCACCAGAAGCAAAAAGCUAAUCUUAGGCUAUAAAUGAGCUACACCACAGUCACAUGACUUAACUGCUGUAAAGCCAUGUUCAGCAUGAUGACACUCUGGAGCCUCAUUUAGCCACUUGUUAGCAAUAGCCGACACAUUUUUUAAGCUUCCAAAUUCACAAGUGGGGGAUUUACUGACGUAUUUUAUGUGGUAGAACAAAACAUGAAAGUCUCUUGAGCUUGUGUUAACCACAGACCUUAUUUUAGACAUCUAACUCACAUUUAAAAUAACACAUUGACUUUAAGACAAGGGAACCAGGAGUGCUAAAAUGCUCGCUCAUUUCCCGGUUUUAGCACCCUUUCCUGCAGCACUCUGUAGACAGGUGUCCUUGCAGGUUGAAACAUUAAUUAAUGCCAGGUACAGCAGCUCAACAAUCAUCAGCUUCAUAUUUCCCCAUAAAGUCAAACCUGUUAAGCUAAAGUGCAUCACAUGUCUAUCUCUGGGAUUGCAACUCAAGAACAUUUGGUUGGCUCUCUGCAGGUGUGUAACAGAAUCUCCCUUCAUAUCCAAGGCCUGUCGAAGGAAGUAAAUCAGCCUCCCUUAUGCUCACUCUCCAGCGUCACGCAGGGGGGGUGCAUUUUGGACUCUUUAAAACAAGUUUCUGAGAUCUUCCAAAAGACAAUUUGUUUUGUCUGAAACUGUCAUUCCAGUGGACAUUGUCCCUCCAAGACUGAAAUUACCGCUAAAAUAAUUUGUUUUACAACUGGUACUGUGCCCCCCCACCCCCCAAAGGUGUGAAUGUACAUUUUGAUGAAUGUUUUGUUGAUUGCAGAUCCUCGAUGGUGGCAUGUGGGUCAGUGCGCCAUCAGUUUCCAUGAUGUGCUCUGUCUUACUUUUCUGAAUUGCUUCCAGUAAGCUUCAACCAAGAGCAACAAUUAGCAUGCACCUAAACUGAAGUUUAUAUAUACUUUUGCAUAUACGGUAAUAGGUGUAUACUGUGUGCAAUCUAGGAAUUAGUUUGUACAGACUGAGAUGUAUGCUCUGAUGGCGCUAAACUGAAUGGCAGUUGUGCACUUUCAGACUGUUUGUGUGCGUGUGUGUGUGCUUGUGUGUGAAAGAGAGAGAGAAAGCUUUUGACUGUCUCUUUUCCCACUCUGACCCCACCUGAGAACAUGGCUAAGUCCAUAACACUGCACUGUCCCUUCUACUUUUCAGCACCAGUUAUAUCCCAUUGUCUGCACUAUGUUUAGCUUAUGAUCUUUAUCAUUAUUAUUAUUAUUAUUGAUGAUUAUUAUUAUUGCUAUUAUUACUAUUGUUAUUUUCUUAAUUAGAGUUAAAUUUAAAUUAACUUAUAUUUUUUUAUACAAAGAAAAAUAAUGUUGGCCUUUUUGUUUUGUACAAAGUAAACAUUAAGAUAAACAAAACGGUCUAAGACAUGUUACUGUUACCCAGAAUAAUUGCGGAAUGUCUCAACUGUAAAUGUAAGAGCAGUAGCCCAAAUGACUUUUAUUAAAUACCUGAAGAAUACGUCUCUGUGCCCACUCAUUCUUUUUUGAAUUUUUUUAAUCGGACUAUUUGAGUCAUUAAUGAUAUUUGUGGCAGCAGCUAUAAUACGAACGAACAAAAGGAUGGUCGGUAGAAAGAGAGAAAAGAACCAAUAAUAGAUCAGCAUGUUGUUGCACCUAACCAGGUCCACUUGUUUAACUAUCCCAGACUGUGAACUGUGAACUUUAGAACGACUCGCAAUGUUUACAACAUCCUCCUGUAAUUUCUUGUUGGACAAACUGGGAGGACUGCAGUCUACCGUACACACUGAGUUAUGUCUGUGCUGAACAUUGUGCAUGAUGAAUAUUGAAGGAAAGUCAACACCACUUUGUUUAAAACUAUAUAGUGAUGGAAAACCUUUGAAGAAAUUUAUAAUAUGUCAUUGGCCCCAUUUUUAGUCUGCGUUAUUUGUUUCAUCCUUCUUGGAAACCCUUUUUAUGUGGAAGCAAUUAAGAGACAUAGCAGUAAGUAUCCAAAAAUUCAACUUUCAGAAUUAGAAUAGAAAAAAAUUCUGUUCAACUGGAAU